AUGUUCUAAACAACUAGCAGCAUUAAUUCUUAGCAGUCUCCAAAUAGAUUUAAGUUCAAAUCCAAAGUGAGUUUUUUUAAUGACAAUAUGAUGCCAGCAAUGACCACUAAAAUUACUUUAUAAUACAAGGAAUUUUUAAGAAAUAUGAUCUCUAGUAUUCAAGAGAAGACCUCCUUUGUGAAUUUUCUUGAGUUUGAUUAACUUAAGUCAUAACAAAUAGGAGUAUCCAUUUAAAGUUGUUAUAAUCCAAAAUUUAAGAGUACAGGUGUAGAUGAAACCAAGGAAGCAUUUUAAGAUCUGCUUGAUGAAAUAAAAUAAACAAUCAAUAGAAAGUAUCCAUUCAUAAAAGUAUUCCGAUAACAAAUAAGUCAUCCUGAUCACUACUUAUAAAUCCAACUCUAUCAACCUGAAGUGCAUUCAGUUGUGUUGUAUUCUAGGUAAUAUUCAAAAGAGCAAAUCUCACCUAAAUUGAUAGCCGAUUUGGUAUGGCUCCAUCUUAGAAAAUUUAAUUUAACAGUCAAUGUUGAUUGUCCAAUCAAAAAUGUGGUUCCUGUUAGUGAAGAAGGAUAGUAAAGAAAUAUUUUAGAGGGACUUUAAGUGACUGUCCGUUAGAGAGAAGCUCCUACAUUAUAAUCAGCAUAAACUCCUACAAAAUAAAUUGUCAUAAGAACUUCGUUUUGUUAAUAAGGCAGUGCUUAAAAAAGUGCUUCUAAAUUAGAUAUUUACAAGAGCACAGAAAAUAUAAGAGAUAUGGAGAAAUCAGUAAGAGUUUAUUUUUCACCUACUAAAUCCUAAGCAUGGAUGACUCAAACCAACAUCUCUUAAAUUGAUUUGUCAGGAUAAAAACAGAGAGCCUAAUCACCAGAGAAAAAGUUUACUGUGAAAUUGUUCAGUUAAACAGUUCCACUUAGUUGUUUUGAUGAAGCCAAAUUUAUAGAUUUAGUUUAAUAAGUCAAUGCAUAUGAAAUAGAAAUUACUGGAAAUUGUAUUCAAACUAUGAAAACUCAGCUAAAUGUUGAUGAGCUCCUCGAUGAUAAUACAGAUACUGUUUAUGUUUCAACCAGAGUAGAAAGAAAUGAUGUUAUCAAAUGUAUUGUUAAAGCUCCAGAAGAUGCUACUGUCAAUGUGACUAAGAAUAUUACUGAGACAUUGACUUUUGACAGCAAUGAAUAAGCAUUUGUAUUUUACGGAAGAGACAAAUAAGAAUAUGUCAUUGAUGUGAGUAAAAAAGAUUGCUUUUCUUAAAAGAGAACAGUAUUUUUACAGGGGAAUACUGAUGUGAAAAUAGAAUUUGACUUGGUUAGUUGUGUUGAAACUACCUUGUAAUUUAGAGCAUAUAAUAUUCUCUUAAGAGGUGGACAACACAAAGAUAUUGAGAAUUGCAGACUAGAAAUAUUUUAAUCUGAUUAAACAGAUCAAGAACCACUUAUUGGUAUGACCAAUGACUAAGGGUAAUUUAGUUGUCCAGGAUUGAUGUUUAAAUAAGUGAGAGUUCAUGCAUAAAGAAAAGGGUUCUUGUAAGUAUCAUAUGAUUUUGAUGUGCUUGCUAAUUCUACAGGGUAGUUACUCAAUAUUCCUAUGAUUCCAGACUAUUAUAGUCUUAUCAAUCAAUAUCAUAUAUUGAUAUAUGUUCCAAAUAAGAAUAACUUUUAAUUAGACUUUGCACUUGUUUGUCCAGAUGGUACAAAGAUAGAUUCCAAAAACAGAUAGCAUAAUGUGAUGAAGUCAAAAUUAGAAAUAAAUAGAAUUAAUUAGUAGACAAUGUUAUGGAACUUUUCUGUUCAUGUUUAAUCACUGGAUCCAUUUUUACCUGAUAAUUGCUUUUAGUUCUUCAUUAAUAAUCAAAAGCCAAAGCGUACUCUACUUUGUUAAGAACCAUUAUCUCCACAAUGCAAAGAAAAUGGAGUAAGUAGUGCAGCAAAGGCAUCUUGUUUUAAGACUGUUAAUUUGAAUGAGAUGUUCUUAAAGACGAGAGUAAUGUAAACAGAAAUUAAGACAUUUGUGAGAUAGGAGAGUGAUGUAAUAGCAUAAAAGAUCAACAAUUAUUGUGCAGAGGAAUCUGUUAGAAUAUUUGUUACUUUUGGACACAAAGUAUUGGAGACAUUCAUGAUAUAAAGCAAUUUGUUGAUGCAUAAUGAGAAAUGCUUUGGAGUGAUUGAUUUGGAUAAGAGGAAGUUCAUCAGAGACAAUGAAGUGAGUCAACAGAAUAUAAAACGAAAUCUAUCUAAGAUGCCAACAUUCAAGAAGGACUUAAAGGGAGGGAAUGAGGAUCGAACGAUGACCACAAUUUUAUAACAUAUCACAAAUCAAAGGUUUUAGGAGUGA